UUAAAAAUUCCAAUUUAUGCAAAAAUCUUUUAGAAUUUUUAGAUAAAUCCCAUCAAAUUUCAGGUACUCUUCGUUUCCAACAAACUCAAUUAGAGUGAAAGAAACAUGAAAGAUGACUAUAUUUCUGGGAGUUUUAAUGCUUUUACUAUUCUUUUGGAUUUUGAUUGAGGACCCCUAAAAUUAAACCAAAAUUCAAAUUCACGCGCCUAAAUUAGCAGACAAGUUGGCAGUACUCAUUGAACCAGCAGUUCGCGGUCGUUGCAACUAGUUCAUGACACAGCUACCAGACCUCUGUUCAUCGCAGACGACAGACAACAUGACGGAAGCCGAACAGGAGGUGGAGGUGAAUGGCACCGAGGCGGAGGAUGAGGGUCAGGACGAGCAGGACACAAAACAAAAGAAACAAACGCGUCACGACGGCGGUGCCGCGGAUCUGGAACGUGUUACGGACUAUGCGGAGGAAAAGGAGAUCUCUGCAGCAAAUAUAUCCAGUGCGGUGGCACAGUUUGGCAACCAGCGCAACAAGGAGAACGAGCUGCGUGUCGCCAAGGAGAAGGAGCUGCAAAUGGUCCAAGUGAAAAAGGAAGACAUCGAACUGAUUAUGAACGAGCUGCUGGUUAGCAAAGCGCAUGCCGAGAAGGUUCUACGGGAGCAGAGCGGCGAUGUUGUGGCCGCCCUGGAGGCCAUCAUAAGCAAUUGACGGUGCUACUGGAGUCUGGACCAUCUGUUUACCAUCUUUUACUUAGCAUAACACUGCUUUAUUUGUACAUUUAUAAACUCUUAGUGAAGAAACAAACAUAAACAAAUGAUUUAUAA